UAGCAGGCAUCUUUCUUGCUAGUAUUUUUGUCUGUUACAUGAGAGCCUAUGCAAUAAAACUCAACAGCCAAGUAGCUAAUUUGCUGAAGAAGAAGAAGAGAGGUGGAGAAUAUGUCGACUGAAAAUGGAUGUGCUGAGCCAAAACUGGUCACUGGAGAUGCCGGUUACGUCCUUGAAGACGUGCCCCACUUGUCCGACUACAUUCCUGACCUUCUGACUUAUCCUAAUCCAUUGCAAAACCAUCAUGCUUAUUCAGUUGUUAAGCAAUAUUUUGUUAAUGUGGAUGACAGCGUUACAGAAAAGAUUGUUGUAGGCAGAAGUAGCCCAAGAGGGACUCAUUUUCGGCGUGCUGGACCUCGUCAGAAGGUUUGUUUUGAAUCUGAUGAAGUUCUUGCAUGCAUCGUGACUUGUGGAGGUCUCUGCCCCGGUUUAAACACAGUGAUCAGGGAGUUAGUCUGCGGUUUACAUGACAUGUAUGGCGUCAAUAGCAUUCUUGGAAUAGAGGAUGGAUACAAGGGAUUCUAUUCUCGGAAUACUAUCCCUUUAAGACCAAAAGUUGUGAAUGAUAUUCACAGACGGGGCGGUACCAUUCUUGGGACAUCAAGAGGGGGCCAUAAUACAUCAAAAAUAGUAGACAGUAUUCAGGAUCGAGGAAUUAAUCAGGUUUACAUUAUUGGAGGAGAUGGUACUCAUAAAGGAGCUGCAAUGAUCUUUGAGGAAAUCAGAAGGCGUGGCCUCAAAGUUGCUGUUGUUGGAAUACCCAAGACCAUUGACAAUGACAUACCGGUUAUAGACAAAUCCUUCGGUUUUGACACUGCUGUUGAGGAAGCUCAACGAGCCAUCAAUGCAGCUCAUGUUGAAGCUGAAAGCAUUGAGAAUGGUAUCGGUGUUGUCAAACUAAUGGGACGUGAUAGUGGUUUUAUUGCAAUGUAUGCAACUCUUGCGAGCCGAGAUGUGGACUGCUGUUUGAUUCCAGAGUCACCCUUUUUUCUGGAAGGACCUGGUGGACUCUUUGAACAUAUAAAAAACAGACUCAAAGAAAAUGGGCACAUGGUUCUUGUGAUUGCCGAAGGAGCUGGGCAGGAUCUUCUCAGAGAAAGCAUGAAGGAUGCUUCUGGAAACAAGCAGCUCCAAGACGUCGGCUUCUGGAUAUCUCAGAAGAUCAAGGAUCACUUUUCGAAAGAGAAGAAAAUGCCUGUAAAUCUCAAAUACAUAGACCCUACAUAUAUGAUCCGUGCCAUUCCAGGCAAUGCAUCAGACAAUGUCUACUGCACACUUCUAGCUCACAGCGCGAUUCAUGGCGCAAUGGCAGGUUUCACAGGGUUUACAGUAGGGCCUGUUAAUGCAAGACAUGCUUACAUACCCUUUUAUCGCAUAAUAGAGAGACAGAAUAAGGUGGGAAUAACAGACCGGAUGUGGGCAAGGCUCCUAUCUUCAACCAACCAACCAAGUUUUCUGGACGCUAAAGAUGUUGCUGAAUCGAAGAAAGAAAAACCGCCAUCAUCGCAGUUGUUAAGUGAUGAUGAUGGUGAAAAUUUGCAUAGAGAAAAUCAUUCAGGAAAAUCUUAUUUCUUGUGAAGAAGGGUUUGAAGGGGAGAGUUCCUGUAGCAAAGAGAAUGUGUCAGAAGAGAAGUCAUCCAACAAAGAGAAUGAGAAAGGUCAUCUGGAUAACAGGCUGACAGCAAAACUAUUUGUAGUUUUCUGUGUUCAUGUCUGAUUUUCAGUUAAUUGCUGUUAACCUAUGCGUAUUUCGGGUUAUCACUUUCUAUCUUUAACUUUUCAGAUUGCAUGUUUGUCGUUUUUACUGCGAAAGUUAUUGUGGUUAU